AAGACGGCAGGGGCAGCAGGGUCACUGGGGCAGAGGGAGCCCCUACCCCACCCCAGGGCAGGCCAGCUGUCAUAAGGAGAGGGGACAACAGGAAGGGGCGACAGACGGGGAGGCCAGGGGAAAAGAGGAGGCGGAGGGGCUUCGAGGUGGAGCAGUGAGGGUGGCAGUGUGAAGCAGAGGAGGGGGAGCACGGGGAGGAAGGGUUAGGGGUGGGGGAGGGAGAGUGGGGUUGAGGAUUAGGGAGGAGGUCGUAGAGUCGGGGUAGUGAGCAGAGGAGGACUAGAACGGUAGGGCAGGAAAGGGAGAGGGGACAGGAGAGGAGGGCGGGCCGUUGGGUGUGGGAGAGCAGAGGAGAGCCGCGGGGGGCCCGGCACGGAGCCAGGAUGCCCGCGCCACGCGCCCUGGGGGAGCAGCCCCGCUUGCCCCGGGAGCGUCGGCCGCUGCUGCCUCGCGGCACGCGGGGCCCUCGACGGUGGCGGCGGGCGGCGGGCGCCGCGGUGCUGCUGGUGGAGAUGCUGGAGCGCGCCGCCUUCUUCGGCGUGGCCGCCAACCUCGUGCUCUACCUCAACAGCACCAACUUCAACUGGCCCGGCGAGCAGGCGUCGCGCGCCGCGCUGGUCUUCCUGGGCGCCUCCUACCUGCUGGCGCCCGUGGGCGGCUGGCUGGCCGACGUGUACCUGGGCCGCUACCUCGCGGUGGCGCUCAGCCUGCUGCUCUACCUGGCCGCCUCGGGCCUGCUGCCCGCCACCGCCUUCCCCGACGGCCGCAGCUCCUUCUGCGGAGAGAUGCCCGCGUCGCCGCUGGGGCCCGCCUGCCCCUCGCCCGGCUGCCCGCGCGCCUCGCCCAGCCUCUACUGCGCGCCGGUGCUCUACGCCGGGCUGCUGCUCCUCGGCCUGGCCGCCAGCUCCGUCCGGAGCAACCUCACCUCCUUCGGGGCUGACCAGGUGAUGGAUCUCGGCCGCGAUGCCACCCGCCGCUUCUUCAACUGGUUUUACUGGAGCAUCAACCUGGGUGCUGUGCUGUCACUGCUGGUGGUGGCUUUUAUUCAGCAGAACAUCAGUUUCCUGCUGGGCUACAGCAUCCCCGUGGGCUGUGUGGGUCUGGCAUUUUUCAUCUUCCUCUUUGCCACCCCCAUCUUCAUCACCAAGCCCCCCAUGGGCAGCCAAGUGUCCUCCAUGCUUAAGCUCGCUCUCCAAAACUGCUGUCCCUGGCUGCGGCACCGACACUUGGCCAGAGACCCUCAAGGUGCCCGCCUGCUGCCUGACCAGAGGUCUCCCCAGCCUGGGCCUUCCCCGCAAGAGGACAUUGCCAACUUCCAGGUCCUGGUGAAGAUCUUGCCCGUCAUGGUGACCCUGGUGCCUUACUGGAUGGUCUACUUCCAGAUGCAGUCCACUUACGUCCUGCAGGGUCUUCACCUCCACAUCCCAAACAUUUUCCCAGCCAACCCAGCCAACAUCUCGACGGCCCUGAGAGCCCAGGGCGGCAACUACACGAUCCCGGAAGCCUGGCUCCUCCUGGCCAACGUUGUGGUGGUGCUGAUUCUGGUCCCCCUGAAGGACCACUUGAUCGACCCUUUACUGCUGCGGUGCAAGCUGCUGCCCUCUGCUCUGCAGAAGAUGGUGCUGGGGAUGUUCUUUGGUUUUGCCUCCGUCAUUGUGGCAGGAGUCCUGGAGAUGGAGCGCUUACACUACAUCCACCGCAAUGAGACAGUGUCCCAGCAGAUUGGGGAGGUCCUGUACAACGCAGCACCACUGUCCAUCUGGUGGCAGAUCCCUCAGUACCUGCUCAUUGGGGUCAGCGAGAUUUUUGCCAGCAUCCCAGGCCUGGAGUUUGCCUACUCAGAGGCCCCGCGCUCCAUGCAGGGCGCCAUCAUGGGUAUCUUCUUCUGCCUGUCGGGAGUGGGUUCACUGUUGGGCUCCAGCCUAGUGGCACUGCUGUCCUUGCCCGGGGGCUGGCUGCACUGCCCCGAGGACUUCGGGAAUAUCAACAAUUGCCGGAUGGACCUCUACUUUUUCCUGCUGGCUGGCAUUCAGGCCAUCACGGCCCUCCUAUUUAUCUGGAUCGCUGGACGCUACGAGAGGGUGACCCAGGGCCCAGCGGCCCACAGCGGUUUCAGCCGCGACAGGGGCUGAACACGCCCCAUUCCAACCCCCUCCCUUCACUCCAGCAGACAGACAGAAGCAGUCCCAGCUGUGGCUUCCUCGGUUUAUUCUGUACCCAACAUUGGAAUGAAAUGAUUCCCAUAAAUAAGGGGCAUGAGCCCUUCUUCAUGAC